AUGAAUCCUUGUUACCCAUUCUACGUGGCAGAGGACACGGACCACAAAGACAGUCCACCGCCGUACGAGUCGUGUGAGCCUGCUAUGGAAAUGCGUGACUCUGCACCUUCCCUCUUCGAACUACGAGAUGUGCAGCCCACUGAUGCUUUCAUUGCCGUCAUGGGAAUGACUGGUUCAGGGAAAAGCACGUUCAUUCAACACUUCUGCGAUACAGCUAUAGUGGGAGAUGGAUUAAAAUCGGGCAAGUUGACUGCCGUGGUAGAGGCGCACCAGGCACCUGACGAAAUUGACGGCCGUCGAGUUAUCUUCAUCGACACUCCUGGAUUUGACGACACCAAUCGGCCCGACUCUGCCAUCCUGCGCGAGAUAGCGAACUGGCUCAACAAGGCACACGAGAGUGAGAUUAAGCUAACAGGCAUAGUAUACUUACACGCGAUCAACACCACGCGUGUAACAGGAACGGUCAGGAACAACCUCCGCAUGUUCAAAAAACUGUGCGGUGAGGAUUCUAUGUCUUCUGUUGCACUUGCGACAACACACUGGGGAAGUGGAGCGGCAGACAGAGAAAGGCAGGACGCUCGUCACAAAGAGCUUCUUGAAGACAAGGCAUUCUGGAAGCCCAUGAUCCUUCACGGGGCAACCCCCUUCAUUCACGACGGAGAACGGCGGACGGCAUUGGAAAUCGUUCGCCACCUUUUGGAAAAUCGCCCCCAGGACGGCAUCGACUUGACAAUCCAGAAAGAGAUGGCGGACGGCAUAACGCUUGAUAAGACCGCGGCCGGCAUCGUAUUAGAAGGGAAGUUGGAAACCAGAAAAGAAUUCUGUGAAAGCGAGAUCAAUGACCUUCAGAAGGAAAUUGCAGAGGUCAGGCAGGAUAACAGAUUGACCCACCAAAAGAGGGAAAUAGAGGUCAGAAGCCUCGAGGAGGACGUGGAGAAAUGGAAGAAAAAGAUCAAGAGCCUGGAAAAGGACUGUGAGCUGUUGAAAGUCAAUCGGGAUCAACUCCAGCUAGAGAGAUCCAGGGAGUUGGAAGAGGAGGCCCGACGACACGAUGAGAUGGAGGUCAAGUUGCAGGCGGAAAGGGACCAAAAUGAGCAUCUUAGGCACGAUAAUGCGAGGACGAAGAAGCAGCUGAAGCAGAUCAAGGCAAGAAUCAGACAGGCGCAGGGAUGCGCGCUCAUGUAA